AUGGCUUCUUCCAACGAAGCGACGCCAAUUGUUUCCACCAACUCUCGGCCACCAACGCUCACCCAACUCCUCGGUGAUUGUGCUCCAUCCAGCUGGUUUCUCCCGCCACCGCACCACGAUAGAGCGUGUCACUCAACUGCCUCGCGCGUUCAAGCCGAUGCUGGGACGACCGCCUACGAUUGCGUCGCCCGGCUGGGAGGAUUGAACUGGGGCUCACCCGCGUCUCCUGGCGUCAGGGUUCUCAGCUCUUUCUUCGAUGUACUCGAGCAACACCCCUCAUUGCUGGACCUGUUCCGCGAGGAGCUAGACGCCAUCAGUAAUGCUCCUUACAGCGAGAUGGGUCGGAAGAGCGAGCACGACGUCGAAAUCUCGUUCCAUCGCCUGUUAUUUGGCGGUCUAGAAUCUGCAACGGCGGCGCUGCUCAACCAUUAUGCCGCGAUCACCGAGGGCGUCGGAGCUUCUUCCGCUUCCGCAUCGACCUCCGCGACGAGACCCCGCUAUUCGGUUCGACUGGGCGAACCUGAAAGUGCUCUCCGCACGCAGGGCGAUGCUGUCGUCUACAUUCAACGUGGGGUUGGCAACAUCGUUUCAAGUAUCUUGAUCGAAUACAAGCGGGACGACGUGCACCAUAGCCUGGCCAAGGUACGCCAGGAGGGCGCCCUCUCGCAUAUUCCGAUCCUCGACCACGGGGCCCCAGUGCCACUUCAGAAACUAGAAGAAGAAAAGUCGAAGGGUGCAGAUGCUGUGGCGACCAAGGUGAGGCAUGCAUCUUGCAGGCUUGGACAUACACUUUGUCGAUCCGGCCUCGAAUAUUGGGGCUCUGUGUUUACCCAUUUCUCAUUUUUCAAUGCUCGUGUAGGCCAUUAUCCAAUGCGUCUCCAGCGAUAGUCGAUUCUUUUUGCUGCUGUCGGUUCCGUUCUUCCAGAUUGGUGAACUGGGUACGUCACAUCUUUGAACUCACCAACACCUGUCGAAACUUUCCGGGUCCCACUGACGCAUGCGACCAUGCGGCCUUGCUUUGGCCAUUCGCCGCUCACCCACAGUCCAGCACCAGUCGACGCAUGCUGCAACGGCAAGCGAUCCCGUAGCGUCGACCUCGGCGGCGUCUGCCUCAAACUCGGCUGCGACCGCGUACUCACCGGCACCGCCCCUCAAGGCCAGGUACAGCUUGAUUCUACAAGAACUGGCCCGAUGGGUAGAGCCCUCUCCGACGACCUUGAGCCCAGCGGCGGCCGAAACACUUGGCACCGAUCUUCCACGACGGUCACUCAUCGUGUCCUUCAUCGCCCUGGCUUUCACAGCCGUGAUCGAAGUCCCCAAGCCGGACCAAGCCGUCAUCGAUAAACUGCUCGAUGCCCGGCGCCAACCUCCGAAUCGGCCUCGAGCUCGCUCCAAUCCGGACUCGGACCCCAACUAUGAACCCUCCUCGCGGGUCCAAAAAGCCCAGAAGACUUCGGCCGAAGCCACCGGUGCUCGUUCUUCGGCGCGACUGGCAGGCCAACCACCGCGAGCUCAAACCAAGGACUCGAAUCAACCCAUCACCCCGCCGAUCUCCGUAGGGUUGCAAUCUGAUCCCUUAUCCGACCCGUUGACGCCUGUCACUCGCAUCUUCUCGUCCCCUCCUGCAUCGACGGAUUGGAGUCCUGCGACCUCGCCGCUCUCCGGCUCGCGCCUCCCGUCGAAAUCGAUCACCAUCGUUGAAGAUCGCGAAUUCGUGAUCAAGGCCAGCUUGUCGAACGCGCACUGGUCUAUGAUGGUGCGUCACGCGCUUUGCCAUGCUGCUGCCGUCCUAGCCCUUGUAGCCCAGCUCACAGAAAGGAUCAUUUACUUCCUGCUCUUGCGCAGUCGUACACGGGCACGAGCCGCGUGGAACUGGUCGAGAUCGACUUUGAUAUUGUCUCUUCGGUUCCUUCCGACUCGCCGCUUGUGUCCCGUCUGCCGUCGAAGCCUUCCCCAGCGAGCGAUUUUAUUCGGGGCCUCCAUCUGUCCGAUGUGGUUUUGCGGUGGCUGUCCGAAAACCCCCGGGAAGAGCUCGAGGACGAUCGAAUCCCCCUGCAACUGUUGGAUCGGUUCGAGCCCGCUGCGGAUCUUCGUCUGGAGAAGGAGGUCGGGACGGGAAGUACUGCCGGCGGGUGGCUUGCGCACGUCGUGCGAGUCAACCGACCUUUGUGCUCGUCGGCCAAACCCGAGGUGCCUCUAGUUGACCACCCUGCUCCGAACACGACGUACUUUCUCAAGCUCGUGCCGUGUAGUUACGUCGGCUCGGUCAUCCGAGAGACGCUAUUCUACCAGCACGUCUUCCCCUACCUCCCUGACCACCUUCGCAAACAUCUCCCGCAAUUCUACGGCACUUACCGAAGGACGAAUGGCAACGGAUACGCCAUGGUGCUUGAGAAUGUGGGCAAAACGAUGAACGAGCUCGACUUCGACGGAUCACCGGGCGAAUUGUGGUAAGUUCCUGCAGGGCGGCGCACUGAUCCAGCCAUGUGCAAGCCGGUCAAGAGGCCGCGCGGAUUCCUGACCCUCUGAUUCUUUCUUCUUUUUUCUACGGGAGGUGCAGGGAGAUCGAGGCGGCGUUUAGGGAACUCGGCAUCAUCCACAAUGAUGUCAGCGCCGGCAACGUACUGGUUCGACCCAACAAUGGCCCGGUUUGCUUCGUUGAUUGGGGACGAUCGUAUCUCAAACUCCGAGUGUGA